AUGGGCGUCGAUAUCGAUUAUACUUUUGUACAAGUAGCAGUGGGUCAGGAGGCGGUCGACUUCAGCGGAAACUGUGGAAACAUGUGCGCUGGUGUUGGACCAUUUGCGCUACAAGAGGGACUAGUGCGUGCAAGUCCCGGAGAGAAGACGGUAAGUCCUCUUGUUGUAAUUGAGACGGAUGGGAUACUCAUUCUUCUUCAGCUCGAUGUACGGAUCUUCAAUACGAACACUUCGCGGCUCAUCGUCGAUACCGUUCAAGUAGACGAGGACGGAUCGUUCGAUGAAGACGGAGACUACGCGAUACCAGGCGUCAAGGGAACCGGAAGCGAAGUAAAAGUGGCCUUUGUGGAUCCUGCCGGGAGCAUGACUGGAACUCUCUUUCCUACGGGGAGACGAUGUGAUACUAUUCAUGUGAAAGGACAAGACGGCAAUCGCUUCUCGGUCAAGGCGACGUUGAUAGACGCAGCGAAUCCUUUUGUCCUAGUCGACGAACGAACAUUACCGCCAAACCUAAGGAGAGGUAGCAAAGACACGGCCGUCUAUCUCCAGCACAUGGAGUCAAUACGAUGUACUGGCGCCGUUAUGAUGGGUCUCGCUUCUGAUGUAGACGCUGCUGUAAAAGUCCGCGGGACACCGAAGCUGGCUAUCGUUUCUUCUCCUCAACCAGAUGAUGGUUCUCAGGAAGGCACGCCGGACGUUCAUGUCCAAGCGUUCAGUAUGGGCAAACCCCACCCGAGCCUGCAACUCACAGGUGCGGCAUGCUUGGCGUCGGCAGUGUGCAUAGAAGGUACUGUAGCCCACGGACUUGCAUCCGGCAGCAAGGUGCAGUCCUCCUGGCAGUCGUCUUCACCUGAGCGGACACCGAGUCCCUGCUCAGACUCUGAUGGUAGCUCUUCGGAUCUUCUACCGAGCCAGAGGAGAGUCUGUCUUUCGCAUUCGAGCGGGUCGAUCAAGGUUGAUGUUCUGGCAACCAGCUCGGAAUCGUUUGCUUUUGUGGAUAGGUGCGUUGUCUCGCGGACUGCUCGGCGGUUAUUCGAGGGGAAGGUGUAUUAUUACUCGAGUAGCGUUUAA